CCAACCAUUUUUCAAAGUGCGAAGAAACGAUUCGCUCUCUAAUUCUCAAUCCAACACAUUACUUUAGAAUGAAAUAGUGAUCCCUCGUUCCACGCUCGCUCAUGAGAAAGAAACACCUGACGGAGAAGCCGGUUCCAUAAACGUUCGUCUCCCCGUGACCAAUAACAGCUACGUUCCGGAGUUGUUGAUAGGGUUUAGUUUUGUAUUCAUAAAUAUCACAAUUCCUUGCAAACGAACCUAUCAAAAAUUCAUAUUUUAGAAUUAUUAGAAAUUUGGUGGUAGUUCAGAAAACCAAACAUCUUUGUGUCAAUGGUUAUCAUCAUAAACUCUUGUUUUGAGGUUAUCAUCAUAAACUCCAGAGUGAAAAGUAUAUUAAUUAAUUUUUCUUAUAUAUGGGCCAGUAUGUUGUAUAGUUAGGCCCAUAUUUCAUAUUCUAAGCGUUGGGCCUUAAACCCUCGAUAUCAACCGGAGGCUUCGAAUCUCAUGUGGAUUUAGUCAAGUGUUCAAAUCAUCGUGAGCUUUGAGUUUGAAGAACUCAAAAACAUGGCCAUCUCUGUCAUGACCAAUGCUCACCUGAAUCAGACAUAUGCAUCUGCUUCCCAUGAAAAAGGAAGAACGUGUAGAUACGCGGGUCAAGCAGUGAGGGCUCUGCCUAUACGUGUGAUAACAGUGGGGAAAAAGAGAUCAGAAGGUGUUCGACUCUUGGUCGAUGAAUACAAAACCAAGAUUAAACCUUAUUGCUCCUUUGAAGAUUCAUUGGUUCGCUCCAAUCCUAGAAAUGCUCAGGAUGUUAGAGCUCAUGUUGAGGAUGAGGAGUUGGCUAUGAUGAAGCUUAUUGGGUCUGAUGAUUGGGUUGUGGUGCUUGAUGAGAGAGGCCGUGACAUUGAUUCAGAGCAGAUGGCUGAGUUACUUGGGGAUGCAGGAAAUAGUGGAGCUUCGAGGAUAUCGUUUUGUAUAGGUGGAGCUUAUGGACAUGGCAGAGAAGUGAGGAAGCGAGCUAAUGUGACCAUUAGACUGUCUUCCAUGGUCCUGAAUCAUCAGAUAGCUCUUGUGGUACUGAUGGAACAGCUUUACAGGGCAUGGACUAUUCUCAAGGGGCAAAAUUACCAUCAUUGAUGAUGCAUGAAUCUUUUUUUUUUUUGGUUCUUCUGUUGCUUUCUCAUGUAUAAAGAAACUACAUUACCGAAUAGCUUCUUCACUGGUAGUUGUUGUAUCAGAGAAUGUUUAUUGAAAUGUCGAACUUUUGCAAUCCAAAUUUGCUUGCUUCU